GGAGUGAAGCCUCUUUGCCAGCAGUAUCUUUAACCUAUGAACUCCAGAGUGUGCCAGUACUCCGCCAUAUUGACUGUUGUCUUGACUGGAGGAGAUAGAGAACAUUUGAGGUCCAAGAAGGAACGAAACUGUGCUCGUAAACCCUCUAAACUGGUGCAAACUGGGCCAAAGGAUAUUACAAAACACCCGCGAAAUGGCGAGAAAGAAAAGCAAGCAGCAAGGGGUUGCCCAGAAGGAGCUGGUACCCGGACAGCAGAGCAUAUCGAAGAACCCCGUCUCUCCCGGCGAUGCAGCUGGCGUUGGUGGCGGAGAUGCAGGGCUGGAUAGACUGGCCACCAGGGCGAACCAGCCUAUGCACACCUGCUGCCUCCUGUGCCACCGCGAAUUUAAGGACUGGGGAGCAGGCUCUGUGAACGGGCUCCCCGGGGGCCACGGGACCAAGCUGGCUGAUGCUGUGCCUGCGCUCUCUCAGGCCCUUUUGCGCGAGGUGCCAGGGCGUAAGCUUGCUGAUGCGGUGCCCUCACUCUCCCAGUCACUGCUGGGAGAGGUGCCUCUGUGGAUCUGUCAGAGCUGCCGGAAGAGCGUGGAAGAGGAGGAGAGGCGGAGCACCCAGGAGCAGCCGACGGCGGUAUCGUUGUCACACUCAUCCUCCUGUAAGUCCCAGAGCUGUGGGAACGGUUACCCGGAGCAGAGCUCUGUGGAUUGGGACCCAAGCUCCUUCCUGUCAGCCCACAAGCUUUCGGGUCUUUGGAACUCUGCCCACACCAACGGAGGGGUCCACUGUAACCACAAUGCUUCAUCACACUCGCAGCAAGGUGUAACAGGGGGACCGGCCUGUCACGAGAAAAGAGGAUCUCAUGAGGCACCUGGGAAAUCUGCUAAAACGUCAGGGACCAAAGUGUGUCCCUACAGUCACCCCUCAUCCCAGAACUCUAGUGUAUCUUCUGCUGGGAACCCCCUGUCUACCUCAGCGGACCUUUGUAAGACCACUCCCAAGCACUUCAAAACCAUGUGCCGUCGACCAACCCCACCAGGUGAAGCCUUCCACUCCAGUGACCACCAUCAACAUUCGGACCUGUCUGUACCCCCCAACAGUCCCACGGGCCUGUCUUCCCAGCAUUCCUCACUCCUGCCCCCCAAGCAGAGCUCUGGACAGCAUGGCCAUGUAACCUCUUCCUCCGGCACUGGUGUGGCUGCCCAUGCUCCCUUCUCCCCACUGGUACCAAACCUACACGGCCCUACAGCCAAACUCACUUCUUCUGGUCCAGACAGCCCCACAUCUCUCCAUAAGCCAAGCCCCUGCAAGAACUCCCACAUUCCGGCCGUCAACACACAACACAGCAAACUGAGCACCUCCCUCAUGGGCUGUAAUCAUCCAUGUAAUGGACACAAUGGGGGUACAGUGGCCUCCUCCAAUGUCGGCCAUCUAACAGCUGGGGCUUGCAGGGACCAGGCGUGUAAGGGCCACAAAAUGACAAACGGGACCUUGUGCCACCCUCCGGCUGAGCUGGAGGAAGGAGAGGAUGAAGACAGCAGCUCUGAGAGGAGCUCCUGCGCCUCCUCGUCCACUAACCAGAAGGAUGGGAAGUACUGCGACUGCUGCUACUGCGAGUUCUUCGGACACAAUGCGCCUCCAGCUGCACCAACAAGCCGUAACUACGCUGAGAUCCGAGAGAAGCUUCGCUCUCGUCUGACCAGGCGUAAAGAAGAGUUGCCUCAGCGUCAGGAUUCAGAACUGACAGUGGCUGGUGCCAUUGACAACAGGGACGUGGAUGAAUUGCUGGACUUCAUCAACAGUUCUGAGCCUAAACCUGUCAACAGUGCCAAGGCUGCGAAACGGGCCAGACACAAACAAAAGAAGAAGGAAAAGGCUCAGCAAGGCAACAUGGAGGCUGCGAGCAGCGACUCCCACUCCAAUCCGGCGGAGCCUGUUGACGAGCCCAUUCCUGAUGGAUCUGACGCCAGCCGGUUGCUGGAUUGGCCUCAGCUAGAGCUCGAGCGGGUCAACAGUUUUCUCACCAGUCGGCUGGAAGAGAUUAAAAACACCAUCAAGGACUCCAUCCGGGCCUCCUUCAGCAUGUAUGACCUCAAUCUGGAUGUCAAUGACUUUCCAAAGAAGGCAGCCACGUUGGAGGGGAACCAUUUACUGUCGCAUCUCAAUGGUUCCUCAGACCUGCAGCAGAUAGACCUUGACCUGGCUCCUCUUUCACUGGGAACCUUUAAGAGCCAUCUGGACCUGGUUAACGGAUGGGAGGACACAGCCGCAGUCUCAUCCUCCAAUACCCCCACCACGGCAGCAGGGGUCACUGCUGCGCCCAAGGACGUCCAGCGGCUGCAUACUACCCCGAGCCUCUCCAAGCUCAUAAGGGUUCGCUCCCCCGAGAGAUGCACUUCCACUGGACCAGAGAGCCCCCCACAAGUUCCAGCCCAAGCAACAGUUAAAUCUAAGGAGGACGCCGCUGACCCCAAGAACGCCACAGCUGGCGCCGGCUCUGCGAAGUCAAAGAAGAGUAAAAAGCAGCAGCAGAGACAGGAGCCGCCUGCAUCAGAGCAAAAUCCCAGCAAACCAACCAAAGCUGUCGCCGGGAAUGAAACACAGAAAACCAAUGAGUCAAAGGCCGCCGAAAUGGGUUGUAAUGGCUCAAAAGCUGGGAGCAAACAGCCUCAGUACUCUGCAGACAACCAGAGAAAUGGGCCCAAGAAAUCAGAGGAGGGCAGAUCAUCCAGACAAGCAGCCAGUGGAGCCAGUAGUGGUCUCUCCAAUGCACAAAGGGGGAAAGGUGACACAGAGACACGGGGAGGUCGAUCUGAGCUGGAUUCAGAUGGCAAAGCACACCACACCACUCCAUCAAAUGGCCAGCAACAGCAGCAGUCCAAGGGAAAAAACAAGAAGAACAAGAACAAGGGAGAAAAAUCCAGCAGUGCUAUUGAUGAUGUAUUUCUCCCUAAAGAUGUGGAUCCAACAGAAAUGGAUGAGAUUGAUCGGGAGGUCGAAUACUUCAAAAGGUUUUGCCUUGAUUCUGCAAAACAAACACGCCAGAAGGUAGCAGUGAAUUGGUCCAACUUUAGCCUCAAAAAGGUUCCUUCAAAUGCAGCUCAAUAACUUGGAUGAGUGCCAGAAUAAAACUUCCACAAUGAACUGUCUCGAUAGAACCCUGUUCGGCCUGAGGCCUUUUCUCAUUCCCUGUUUUCUUCUCUUCCUUACUAAGCCAAGGGACCCUGGUUCAAUUUUUUUUCUUCUUUUUUUCCCCCAUUCAGAAGACUGAAAUACUUGCGGCUAACAAGCCAGGGAUCAUUCACAAGGCCAACUCUACCCUUUGCUAUCUUUGCAAUGUUCACUAUAUGAGAGGUACAAAAUGGAAAAAGGCAUCUGUUAAAUCCACUGCAUCCAUGUGCUUAAUCAUGUAGUCUGUAAACAGUUACCUUACAUGAAAUAAAUAUGUUUUUAUCACAAAUCUGAGACAUUUUAACGUUGUUAAAGUUAUGAAUUCCAAUCAGUGCAAUUGGGUGCUCUCAGUAUAUUGUUGCUCAUCCCUUACUACUACAUUGUGCAUCGCAUUGUGAUUUUUCUGGCUUACUUGCCACCACUCCAAACCCACUAGAAACUAGAGAAACUUAGAAUAUAUGACAGUUUGAAGAAUGUCCUGUUAUGGAGGAGCUUAAGACAAGAAAUUGUUAGCGUAAUCCGGGGGAUAAACACACUUGCACCCUCCACUUUUCAUGAGGGGGAUUCAUGGCAUUCUGCUCUGAUGGAGGUGACUAUUGCAUUGAUUGAGCCAUGCUUAUCCUUUCAGUGUUUUCUCACAAGCAAACUGCAGUGCAUUUGGUGGUUGUUGGUAGUUUUUAAUUGGAAUAGCUUGCUCAAUUAUUAAUUCUGAUCAACAAAUUAUUUAGGAAUCAGUAAUAGAUGAAAUAACAAACGCUUCAUGGCCUGUCUACUAUGCUGUUAUCUUUUUGUAUGAAAUUGUGAAAUGAAGUUCUUUUUAAAAAAAAAAAAAAAAAAAACAUGAAUGUUUGCAAAGUUAUCAGUACGCCAACAACACUAAUAUAAACUUGUGGAAAAAAAAAUUUACU